AUGGUGCGAGCUUCUACCUUAGGGGUUGAUGAUGAUAAAAGGGAUCGCGUCUUGGAGAUGAUGUAUGGAACUAUGUAUGGAACAUUUUGUAAGGUGAAACUGUGUGCUUUAGAAAUAUCUGAUGUAUCUUACCUUCCCACAAAUUCAGCAGGCAAUGUGACUUUCGCUAAGUUACCUUCCCUCAAAUUCAGCAGUCUACAUUGGAAUGGUGUGGUCUAUGCUUGGAAUGGUACAGUCUAUGUUGUGAAUGGUACGGUCAAUGCUUGGAAUGGUAUGGUCUAUGCUUGGAAUGGUACAGUCUAUGUUGUGAAUGGUACGGUCAAUGCUUGGAAUGGUACGGUCUAUGCUUGGAAUGGUACAGUCUAUGUUGUGAAUGGUACGGCCAUGCUUGGAAUGGGGAAACGACACUUGGGGCACCUUAUUGAGUGCCGUAUGGCACUUGGGUCUCGGAUAAGAAUUCUCGCAGGUGCCACAUCUGUUCCAAGUGCCAGAAUGCCAACCUUUUUAGGCUCUUCCAGAGACCUUCACUACCUCCCCAAGAAGAGUAACAACAAAGUAGUUUGUGGGCUUACUCCCCGAGUAAGCGAAAAAUUAAGAAGGAGCGUGACUGCUAUUCGUCUUCAUCAAGCAAAAGGUAUGCUUGUCAGCUGUGAUUCCAUGUUUGGAAAAGCGGUGGUUUGCAUAUUCAUCUCCAGAGAUGACGAUGAUUCGGAUAAUGAAGAAGACAGUCAGUCAGACUGUGAAGAUGACGACAGUUCGGACAGUGAAGAAGUAUCACCGCAUUUGGAUACUAGUCGAAAGUUCGAGGAAAUAAUCAUGAAGAAUGAAAAUGCCUUUUUAAGGCUUGAAAAAGAGAGGUUAGAGAAAGACCAGCUGAUAAAUGAAUUAGCACGGAAGGUAAAGGCCCUAACUCAAGGAAGCAUGAAGAUGGAAGAGUACAUAAGAGACCUCGAACUCUCGAACAAAGAAAAGGACACACAAAUCUAUUCAAUGUACGAAGAAAUGCAAAUAUUGAAAAGGAAAAUUAUAGAAAAGGCGAAGGUAACCGACUCGCAAAUGAAAGAGAGAGAAGAGAAGGACCAGAAGUUGAUCAUUUUGGAAAACACUGUCGUAGUUCUCGAGAUGGAGAAGGAGACGUUGCAUCGAGAUCUACAGCAAAGAGAAGACGGCAGGAUAGAAAUGCAAGUCAGGAUAACUAAGCUUAAUGAGGACUUGCAAAGCCUCCGCAAAGAGAACAGAAGGAAAGAAAAGACCAUUGAAAGUCUGAAGAGGGAGAGCGAGCAGAAGACCUCCAAGAUCAGUUACUUAGAGGACGAGUUGCAAGUCCUUGUCGAUGAGAAACAGAUAGCCCAAGAAAAUGUGAAGCAGCUACACAAAUGUAAAGCUGAAUUAGCUGAGAAAAAGGAGGAACUGGAAAACCUCAAAGAGGAGAACUUGCAGAAAGAUAGAGAGCUCCUCCGACUGGAAAAUGAGUGCACCCUCAAGCAAAUGGAAGUUAUCCGUUUGCAGAAAGCAUCUCAAACUGUUGUGGCAGAAAACCCGACGGCAAAUGGAAAGCUGAAAGAAAUGAUAAAAAGGAAAGUUCAACUUGAAUUUGAAUUGGCUGAAGCGAAGGAGGAAUUAGAGACGACGGAGUUUGAAAAGAUGGAGGCAAUCUUGGAACUCGAAAGCCUCCAGGAGGAGACCUUGGCCAAGGACACGAAGAUCAGAGGCUUGGAAACUAAAGUCAAAAUGCUUACAGGAGAAGAGGAGCGUCAAGGAAUGAAGGCUCCUAUAUCUGAGAGGAAAGCUGAAGAGAAAAAGGCUUCGGAUAAAGCUCGAUGUCUGAGGACUCCACAGAUCAACUGCGAAGCUCUCUCCCAACAAAUAGACAGCCUCGAUGAAAAACUUCGCCAAAUCAAGGGAUCUGUAGCCGACCUCCGAAAACUGGAGCAAAAAGCGAAGAUGUUCCGAGAGCUCUCGUAA